AUGACGGAGAAGCAACCUGCCGCCGAGGGCGAAGACCAUUUGGAUCGGAGAACGCUGUUUGUGCAGUCGAUCCCUGUUGAGGCCACAAAGGAGGAACUGAACGAGUUUUUCUCCCAAUAUGCCCCAGUGCGACACUCCGUUGUUGUCACCGACACAGAGGGCAAGAGCAGAGGGUUUGGGUUUGUUUCGUUUGUGACGGAUGAGGACGCCCUUAGCGCACUGAAGGAGACCAAGAAGGCCAAGUUCAAGAACAAGCUGUUGAGAGUGUCUAUUGCCAAAAGGAGACAGAGAAAGGACAAACAAGACAAACGGGGCAAGCCGGUGGAGGACGCGAAACACAAGUCACAAGAGAUUGCGCUGAAAAAGAGUGCCAAGCUGAUUGUGCGUAAUUUGCCGUGGUCUGUGAAGGACCCGAACGAGCUGGUGAAGGUGUUUUUGAAAUUUGGUAAAGUCAAGGAGGCGCAUAUUCCCAAGAAGAAGGACGGCAAGAUGUCUGGGUUUGGGUUUGUGACAAUGAUGAAGCACGCUGCAGCCGAGAAGGCUGUGAAGGAGACUGUGGGGCUGAAGUUGCAGGGCCGUGAGGUGGCUGUUGAUUUCGCUAUAGACAAGAGCAAGUGGGAGGAGUUCAGAAAGGAGAAAAGCGAGGAGGGGGAGGAGGAGAGUGAGGAGGGGGGGGAGGAGAGUGAGGAGGAGAGUGAGGAAGAAGAAAAAGAGGAAGAAGAAAGUGAUGAAGGAGAGGAUGAGGAAGAAGAGGACGACAUUAAAGAGGAUGAGGAUAAAGAAGUCGAGGGUGAAGAGGAUAAAGACGCAGACGAGGCCGACUCCGACAGCGAGGACCUCAAUUUCAACAGACCGCGCCCAAACAAACAAGAGAACUUCUCCGUUUUUGUGCGUAACGUUCCCUACGACGCCACGAGAGAAUCUCUUGAGGAGCACUUCUCCAAGUUCGGCCCAAUCAAGUACGCUCUUCCCGUCAUGGACAAGGACACCCAGCUGGCCAAAGGGUCUGCGUUCGUGGCGUUCCGGCGCGAAGAGGACUACGAGGAGUGUCUUUUGAACGCUCCAGAGGUGAACCCUAACUCGAUGCUCAUUCCAGACGACGUUUCUCCAUUGUAUGUCUACGAGGGCCGUGUUCUGCAAAUCACUGCCACCGUGGACCGCGAGUCCGCUGCCAGAAUGGCAGAGCGCAACGCUCUUGCGCGGAAAGAGCUUCUGGGCCGUGUUCCAACGGAGAAAGACAAGCGUAAUCUUUUCCUGCUGAACGAAGGACGCAUCACGUCUGGCUCGAGACUGGCCUCGCUGAUCAGUAAGACAGAUCUGGACGUUCGUGAGAAGUCGUACAACCUGCGUGUGCAGCAGCUGAACAAGAAUCCGUCGCUGCACUUGUCGCUGACGAGACUGGCCAUCAGAAAUCUGCCUCGUGCCAUGAACGAGAAAGCUCUGAAGGCCCUGGGACGCAAGGCGAUUGUCCAGUUUGCGGCCGAGGUCAAGGAGGGAAAGAGACAGCCGUUGAACAAGGAGGAGCUCGCGAGAUCACAGAGACACAAGGAGUUUAUUGAGGAGAAGCUUGGAAUCAAGCCGGAGGACAAGAAGCGCAAGAAACAGACUGGUGUCGUGAAACAGGCCAAGAUCAUCAACGAGGUGAAGGGCUCAGGCGUGCUGGGCAGAUCCAGAGGAUACGGGUUCUUGGAGUUCCGAGACCACAAGCACGCUCUGAUGGCCCUGCGGUGGCUGAACGCUCACGAGGUGAGUCGCGAGGACAUUUUGGUGGGGCUGACAGAGGAGCAGAAGAAGGUGGCUGAGAGCGAGGGCACGAUAGCCAAGCGUCGGCUGAUUGUGGAGUUUGCUAUAGAGAACGCCAAGGUGGUGAAGCGUCGACACGAGCAGAUCGCGUUCAGCAAGGCCAAGAGCCACAAGAGGGAUGGCGAGAGCCAGGGGAGUGGCAGAGACAGAAAACGGCCGAGAGAGAGCGGUCGCGACGAGAGAGCAGACGGGGACAGAAGAGGCGCGAACGGCAGACCAAACGACUCGAAGCGCAGAAGACCAGACACCCACAAUGCGCCCGAGACCAGCAAGAGCGGGCUUCCGAACGACGUCAAACGUUUGAUUGGGUUCAAGAGAAAGCGCAGACACGCGAGAAAAUAG